AUGCUUUUAACUAUUCCAGUGAUCUUUAAUAUAGUUAUUCUAUUUCUAUCGUGUUUAUCUUCUUUUUCUUUUAUUCUUUGUCUUCUUUUUCUUUUAUUCUUUAUCUUCUUUUUCUUUUAUUCUUUAUCUUCUUUGUCUUCUUUUUCUUUUAUUCUUUGUUUCGUCGUUAUUUCUUUCUUGAAUUUUAAGGUAGUUUUUUUCUUUCUUUCUUUCUUCGAUUUUAAGGUAGAUUUUAUUUCUUUCUGUCUUUCUUUCUCGGAUUUUAAUGUAGUUUCUUUCUUUCUUUUUUCGAUUUUAAGGUCAUAUUUUUUUCUUUCUUUCUUCGAUUUUAAGGUAGAUUUUUUUUCUUUUUGUCUUUCUUUCUCGGAUUUAAGGUCAUAUUUUGUUCUUUCUUUCUUCGAUUUUAAGGUAGAUUUUUUUUCUUUUUGUCUUUCUUUCUCGGAUUUAAGGUCAUAUUUUGUUCUUUUUUCUUUCUUCGAUUUUAAGGUAGAUUUUUUUUCUUUUUGUCUUUCUUUUCUCAGAUUUAAGGUAGAUUUUUUUCUUUUGUCUUUCUUUCUCGGAUUUAAGGUCAUAUUUUUUUUCUUUCUUUCUUCGAUUUUAAGGUCAUAUUUUUUUCUUUCUUUCUUCGAUUUUAAGGUAGAUUUUUUUUCUUUUUGUCUUUCUUUCUCGGAUUUAAGGUCAUAUUUUUUUCUUUCUUUCUUCGAUUUUAAGGUAGAUUUUUUUUCUUUCUGUCUCUCUUUCUCGGAUUUUAAGGUAGUUUUUUCUUUCUUUCUUUUUUCGAUUUUAACGAAUAUUUUGCUUCUUUCUUUCUCGGAUUUUAAGUAUCUAUCUAUCUAUCUAUCUAUCUAUCUAUCUAUCUAUCUAUCUAUCACAAUCAUAUCUAUCUAUCUAUCUAUCUAUCUAUCUAUCUAUCUAUCUAUCUAUCUAUCUAUCUAUCUAUCAAAACCAGUAUCCAUUUAUCCAUCACAAUCAGUAUCUAUCUAUCUAUCUAUCUAUCUAUCUAUCUAUCUAUCUAUCUAUCUAUCUAUCAAAACCAGUAUCCAUUUAUCCAUCAUAAUCAGUAUCUAUCUAUCUAUCUAUCUAUCUAUCUAUCUAUCUAUCUAUCUAUCUAUCUAUCUAUCUAUCUAUCUAUCUCUCACAAUCAGUACUUAUAUAUCUAUCACAAUCAGUGUCUAUGUAUCUAUCACAAACAUUGACUAUCUAUCUAUCUAUCUAUCUAUCUAUCUAUCUAUCUAUCUAUCUAUCUAUCUAUCUAUCUAUCUAUUACAAUGA